AUGGAAAAGUUCCGCAGACCGUUGUGGCCGGACGACCAUCGCUUUGGCGCAAGCGGUAUCGGUGCCGGUGGUGAGCGCGGACACGGCAAAGGACCUGGCACAGCAAGCGACCGCCACAUCUCGCAAUCCUUCGCCAACGCUAGAACCAGUCAACACUCGUCCCCUUUUCUCCACACUCCCACGUCGGGGCCCCGUGGAACAGGGGGGGGUAUGGUGUCCUUCAGCCCAGCGUUGUCCCGCGCGUCGUCGACGAUGAUGACUCCGGUCCAACAGACCCAGCAGCAGCCGGGAGGGUUCAGCAUGUUCGGCGGGAAGGCGUAUUCUACCCCUGCGAGCCACGGUAGCAUCAGCAGCCAACCUCCGCUAUCAUCGCACACCCCGAUCGACAGCAAUACACGUACUGUUGCCCCUGGCACGAUCCCUUACGGCAGUGGCGGUAGCAGCGGCGUUGGCGGCGGGUUGGCUCGAUUCAAGACGCUGGCACAGGAGACCCAGGAAGAGGAUCACAAGAAACAACAAGAGAGACGAGGGGGCAGUGGCAGGGGCAACAGCAGCGGAUGCGGUAUCCGCGACUCCACCGUGCGAGGGAUGCCCUCGCCAUCGUCGAAUUUCCUCGCUCCCUCCUCGUUGAUGGGGUCCCCGCCGAAUUCUUUGACCCCUUGCGACGACUCGCCCUUCUCCUCCGCGGCAUACACCUUCACACCGCCUUCAUCAGCCGCCCCUCCUUCGUACUCCAAUUGGCCUACCGGCCCCUCAACGGCAGCAGGGCGGAAGAGGCCGAGAGCGCCAAGCACUGCUACAGCUGCUCUUGGACGGCCAAUGACGCCAGGGACGGUACGGUCCGUCGGUGGUGGCAACCUCAGCGCCGAUGUUUCGGGAGCAAGGACCUGGGGUAGCCUGGCCGAAGGCAGCAGAGGCAGGGCAGGGCAGGUGCAACAGCAACAACAGCAUCGGCAGCCGAGCCCAAGGCCGACUGCCGCGCGCGGGGCAUCGGGGGCGGCGGCGCUGGCGGCGGCGGCAAACAGCGUCUCCUCCCGAUCCCCGCGGCCUACUGGGAAAGAAUCUUCGCCGCAAUCGCCCCGCCCGUCACAGCCCUCGCCGACGCCCAGGCGGUACAAGUUGGACGAUUUUGCGGGGGCGGACGAUGUUUGUUUCAAUGCUGCAAGCACUGUACAGACGUCAACGAUGGGCCGUCUUCCACCUUAUCCCGCCACCUCCCCCGCCGUUAUCCUGCCGCGCAACUCAGCGGCAUCCUCUGAAGGAUUGGCGAUUUUUCUAGAGAGGUGCGAAGUGAGCGGGGUUGCAUCGCUGUCGGUGCUCUGGGCCGACCUGACAACAAGCUUUUCAGCGAUGACCGUCAAGAGCUGCCUGCCGAGUCAAAGCUGCUUCCGAUGGAACUGCGCUUGCGGUAGACAGGGCCUAUGUUACGCCUUUUUUCGCGGGGUUGAUCCGUCACCAUCGUUGCUCACGUGCGCCAGUGCCGCGAGGACGGAAAGCGACACAAGUGGUUGCUCCCAGGAGGAUGAUUUUGAAGAGGGAGAGAUGUAUCUCCUUCCCCUGGGUGCCUGUGUCGGAGAGGACAAGGAGGCCGCCGAGGCCGCAGGCUACCACCUCCCGCUCGAUUGCGAGGUGGCGCUGAUGCCGUUGAUCGCUUGGAGGAGACGCCCAGAAUCCAGAACAUUUCUCGCUCGAUCCGCUGCUGCUGCUGCGGAAGGUGGCAGUGACAGAGAUGGACACGAACCUUCUGUCGACUCUUCGCCGCCGCCGCAGCAGCAGCAGCGGCAGCAUGUGUCAACCAAACACCACACAACAGUAUCUAGGCUUUUUGACACGCGCGUGGCGGCUUGGAUGACGGACACCGGGAAAGCGGACAAAGCCUUAGAAUUUGAAGCGCUGUGUGUUUCCUGGCUCAAGGGUGAGGGGUCCGACGCCGUACACAAGCCCGAUGCAGAAGGAGUCAAUGCCCGGAGUGGUGAUGGAGGUCGCUUGCCGGCAAUCGUGGCAGCCGUCGUACACGCUGAAGGAUGCUGCAGGCGAAACUUAGCCCUAGCGGGGAAGAUUUCGGCCGAGCUAGAAGGGGCAAAGAUGCUGGCCGCCUGCGAACAGGUGGAGAUGCCAACGGUCCCCGUCCUCGCCGGGAUGGAGGUGUCAGGUGUCGUGUUCCUGCCGGAGAGGGUGACUCGCUUCUCGAACGCCUUGGGGAAUCACCUCGAAGGGCUGAAGCGGACUGCAGUCAAAGCGGUCGGAGGAAGAGACUUCAACCUUGCAUCUCCGGACCAGGCAAAAAAGCAACAAAUAGGAAAACGAAUGCAACAGGGCAGGAUUGAUGGUAGCAGUCGGAGCAGAAGGAGAGUUGCCAGCUUCCGUACGGGCUCUUGUCAAAGGGGGUUGAGGGAAGGGGCACACGGAGGGCAGGGGGGGGGCACCGCAGUGGCUGACAUCCUGUUCAAGCAUCUCAAGCUUCCAUCCCCUCCGUUGAAAGCUGGGAGCGUUCAUGCUUCAACUUCUGCCGAGGUGUUAGAAGGGCUGCAAGGGAAACACGCCGUGGUUGCACCUAUCCUCGAGUUCCGCGGCGUGAACAAGUAUAAGACUACGUACGUGGACAAGCUCGCCGAGAGAGCUCUGGGUGCCGCGGCAGCAGACAGCGCGGUCCCAGCGAGCCAGGGGGCGGGGGCGACCAGGAUUCACGCGACGUGGAACCAGACCUCCGCUAGGACCGGCCGCCUCAGCUGCUCGAGGCCGAACUUGCAGCAGGCAAAUGCCUAAGGGCAGCGAUCCACUCGCCGGAGUAGCGGGAGUGAACGUGA